AUGGCCCAUUCAAAGAGCAAAGCAGAAGGUGCCCGGAAGCUAAGGGAUAUCUUUCGUAUGUCCAAGCUGAAGCACAAAAAGGUUGCCAGUUCAGAGCUGGCAAACAUUAGGAGCUUUCAAAAUCAGGUGUUUCUGGUGGCACUAUUUUUUGCGUAUAUGAGCAAGACCAUGUCUGGGGCUUAUGUGAACAGCAUGCUCACGCAGAUCGAACGACGGUUCAACAUCCCCACCUCACUGGUUGGCAUUAUCAGUGGAAGCUUUGAGAUGGGUAACUUGCUGGUGAUUGCCUUCGUGAGUUACCUAGGAGCAAAAUGUCAUAGACCACGCCUGAUUGGAGUGGGUUGUACAAUUAUGGCCUUGGGGUGUUUUUUGAUAGGGCUGCCUCAUUUUCUGAUGGGCAGGUACCAGUAUGAGAGUUCUGCUUCUUUAUCGGAAAAUUCUUUUACAUCGAUAUCCACAUCCACUUGCCUUGCCAAUGAUACUGUGCCUACUGAGCAACCUUCAGAAGAUUGUGAAGAACAGGUUGGAUCUUCAAUGUGGGUGUUUGUGUUGGUGGGAAACAUCAUUCGAGGAAUUGGCGAAACUCCCAUCACUCCUCUGGGCAUUUCGUAUGUGGAAGAUUUUGCAAAAGUCGAAAAUUCUCCUUUCUACAUCGGAUGCCUACAGAUAGCAACGGUCAUGGGUCCACUGUUUGGUUUAAUGAUGGGUUCAUAUUGUGCACAGCUAUUUGUGGAUCUCGGAUUCGUAGACCUAGCUGAAGUGACAUUGAGCCUCCUUGAUGCUCGCUGGGUGGGGGCCUGGUGGCUGGGAAUCCUGCUAUGCGCUGGGGUGAGCCUCCUGGUCGCCAUCCCCUUCUUCUUCUUGCCCAGGACCCUUCCAAAGGAAGGAGAAGAGCAUAACAUUGAAUUAAGAGACAGGACUCUGCUGCAAACGGAAAGCAUUAGUCAGACCAACCAGAAAAUAAGUGAAAUUGCAAAAGAUUUCAUCCCAUACUUGAAACGUCUUUUCUACAACCCGAUUUACAUGCUUUUUAUAUUGAUCACUGCGGUGCAGUUCAAUGCAUACAUCGGAAUGCUUACUUUUAUGCCAAAAUACUUGGAGCAACAAUAUGGGAUAUCUGCAUCAGAUGCCAUCUAUUUUGUAGCCAUUUACAAUCUACCAAUCAUAUGCACUGGAUAUUUUUUGGGAGGCCUUAUGAUGAAGAAAUUCAAAAUAAGCACUUACAAAGCUGCCCACAUAGGCUGUUGGAGUUCUAUGGCUGACUUCCUCCUCUACUUUGGUGCCUAUUUCCUGAUCUGCAAAAAUUUGUCUGUCGCUGGUUUAACUAUCUCCUAUGAAGGGAUAGACCACAUCUCCUACUUGGAAACAAGCUUAUUCGCAGACUGCAACAGUCACUGUGGGUGCUCGGCCAAAGAAUGGGACCCUGUUUGUGGAGAAAAUGGGAUCUCGUAUGUUUCGGCAUGCUUUGCUGGAUGUGAAGGAAUGAAUGAAACUGGGAGAAACGCAGUAUUUGGAAACUGCACAUGCAUUGCAACAUCGGAUUUUCCAUUCGGAAACGGCUCAGCAACGAUAGGCCAGUGUGGCCGAGAAGAGGCGUGUGUCCCAAUGUUAUACUACUAUUUAGCUUUGUGUUUAGUUUGCUGCAUAGUUUAUGCCUUGGGAGCCAUGCCAGGCUAUAUGGUUCUAAUAAGGUCUCUAAAGCCUGAGGAGAAAUCAUUUGGGGUGGGCCUCCAAACCCUGGCAGAAAGAGUGUUUGCUGGAAUCCCGUCACCCAUUUAUUUUGGAGCUAUGAUAGAUACCACCUGUUUGAAAUGGGGAACCAAGACCUGUGGAGGAGAAGGGGCGUGCCGAAUGUAUGAUUUGGAUUCAUACAGAUUGCUGUAUCUGACGGUGCCCGCUGUCAUCCGUGCAGUAUCUUACAUUCCGUGUGUGGGCAUAAUCCUGAUUUUAUGGAAACGGUCUAAGAACCUGAUGAGUGGAAACCAAGAGAUUGAAGCCAAAGAAGAGGAAAAUGAACAGCCUGAAAAGAAUGACAUACCAGAUGCUCAAAAUUGUACACCUAGAAAUAACACGGACUUAAAUAAAGAGUAA